AUGCGUUUCAACACCAACCUCUUGCUCGCCUCUUUCCUCGGCGUCGCAACCGCCUUCCGUCGAGGCUGCAGGCCCGACCUUACCAGCCAAGUCAGCGGCACCGGCUAUUACACCAUGACAGACAAAGACACUUGGGACGUCGUCGCGGCGGACUUUUGCACCACUGGCCCCGAGCUGCAAAAGCUGAACCCUGACCCCGCGCCUGCUUCGCAAGGAAUUAUAAGAGUUCCUUGCAGAGUUCGAAAGCGCGAUUGCGCUAGGGUCCCGGGCCAAGAUAAUGGGUACUAUAGGGCCGUCGAGGGCGACGAUUUGACCCUUAUUGCGACAGAUUUCUGCAUGACUGUCUAUUUUUUACAGUUUCUAAACCCCGGCGUUGAGAAUAGCGAGAAAGUCACUCCUGGCACGAUCUACAAAGUUAGCUGCACUUUUAACUAG